AUGAAUAUUUUAUCAGCACCUCUUUCAUUGAAGCAAAACAUACUCGACAUGGUGCCCAAGGUCGAUUCAAAUGAAAUUAAGAUUAUCUAUCUUAAAGCUACUGAUGGUGAAGUUGGUGCUUACAGCACUUUAGCUCGUAAAUUGGUUAGUGAAGAUAUUGUUAAGGCUACAGCGGAUUGGAAGGGUCUGUAUGUGAUGUUCAAAUUAACUAUUCAAAACUGUCAAGUAGCUUUUUCAGUUGUACCAAAUGCUUCUUCAUUAGCCUUAAAGGAGCCACCAAGUGACUAUAAGAAAGAAAAAAAAAUUAAACAUUCUGGCAAUAUUACACUUGACGAAGUAAUUGUCAAAACACUCAAAGGGACAGUGAAAAAAAUCUUGGACAUAUGCAAUAGCAUUGUGUGUACAGUUGAUGAACAAUCUCCAAAAGAUUCAAGUGACUCGAUUGAAGUAGAAGUCCCCCAACAAAUAGAACUGUAA